AUGGUUGAUCUCCCGGGCUUGUCGGAUGUGGUACAGAGCCGCGCGGACGUGGCCACCAAGUUUGCGCGCAAGAUCGAUAUCACAGUCAUCGUCACGCCGGCUCGUCGGGCCAUCGACGAGAAAACGGGAGUGCAGUUGAUGAGCGACUACCAGACGCUGCGCAUGCAGCUCGAGGGCAAGUAUCACAAGAAGAGCUUCUGCGUGGUGGUGUCCCAGGUCGACGAGAUUGACUGCGACAUCUUCAUGACGAGUGAUGUCAGGGCCAGGAGGAAUGAGCUCCUCCAGGCCGAUACUGCCCUCAUCACCACGCUCACGGGAAAGUCGGCCGAGCUCGAGGGAAACCAUCGAUACCAGACUGCGGAGUUGGCUAGAGCUAAGGCGAAACUUGCGAAGCUCGAGACCAAAAUAGCAACUCUUCAACUGACUGGCGGCGGGUCUCAGAAGAAGCCUAUGCCGAAGCAUAUCCAGCAACGGCUGGCCAAAGCCUUGAGCUCCAAAAAAGAGCUCGAAAAGGGUCAACAGCAACUCCAGAAAGCCGUCGAUCGCGCCGCUCAAAAGCAAGGCGAACACGACCGAGCCCUCCGCCUGACCCGGGGCCGGCAGAAAUGGGAAUGUGUCUGGCUGCGCAACCAACACAUUAUCGAGGCCAUCAAGCGCGAUUUCGCCCAGCGGCAAAAGACCCUCGCCCGGGGCAUGAAGAACCAGAGCGAAUACGACGGCUCUGUGGACGUCAUCCCCGUCUCAGCCACGGCCUUCCGCGACCAGCUCAAGGGCCGCGAGCCCCUCGGCUUCAUGACCGCCAAGCACACGGGCAUUCCCAAGCUCCGCCAGUUUCUGGGCGACGUCACCCUCGAGAAGCGCGAGCAGCGCCUCGACGCCAUGCUCAACACCCUCCGGCGUCUGUUUCGGACCAUCCACCGCUGGACCUCGCCAGACGCUCAGCAGACGAACCUCUUGCUCUCCCGGGACACCAUUGAGAAGGACCUGACCGAAGCCCAUAAGACCUUCCGACAGGGAAUCGAGCGGGAGCUUGAAAAAGGUCGGAAGGCUGUCAAGCGAAGCACUUACAACGCCAUCCUCAAACGCGACGGCGGCCCAUAUCACACCGCCCGCGGCAGAGCGGAGAGGAGGGAAUAUAACUUCCCUGAGUCAAUGACCCCCACACUGCUCUCAAUCCUCCUCAACAGCUGGCACCAAGCCUUCCGCAUCGAAAUGCCGCAGACCGAAGCGCCCAUCCUCGACGGCGUAGCCCGCGUCUGGAAGGCCUACCUCGACGAGGUAGACUCGCGGGUGCGCACCGCCGCCGAGCUCGACAAUUGUCUCAAGACGGUCGGUGGCGUCCAGGAUGAAGUGCGCGAUCGGGUGAAGGCGGCGAUUCGGGAGCUGGCGGAUUGUUCCAGGGAGGUGCAUCCGGAGUUUUUGGAGAGUGUGAGGGGGCAUUUGAGGCCGAUGCCGCGGCCAAUACAAAGACCGCCGCGAGCACCUCUACCUCAAAGCCAGAAAACCGCCGACCACAUGUUCUCCGAAGGCCAAGCCAAAAUGCGCUCCGCCUACCAACACCACCUGCAGCAGCUCGGAACCACCUUCCGAGCCACAGCUGCCUUCGCCACGGAGAAAACUGCCUCCGAAAUCACCCUGCUCCUCGACCGACUCAGCGGCGGCAGCGGCAGCGACAGCGGCCUAACACCCUCCUCGGACGGGUGGACAGCCGAGGGCAUGGACGAGCCGGCGCAGAAACGGGUGCUGGGCAGCGUGAAUGGGUGGGGCCGGGAUUGGUGUUUUCCGAAUUCCUACAGGUAUUUCGCGAUAUUAGCCCCAAUCAAGAAUGCUUAA